AGUUCUGAGAACGCGGGUGCUCGAGAGAAAAAAGCUUUGCUAGCGCGAGCGUGCUGCUGCCUCUGACCAGCCGGUUCGUCUUUCAUUAGAAACGUCGGGAUAGUUUCGUUUACCGCCAGAAAGUCCAGAUUAUUUACACCGGCCUCCACGGGAGAUCACACCAGGCGUCAAAUAACGGGAACAUAUCCGAACUGAGGGGGGAAAAUCGUUAAUAAUGUCCGAAAGUGAGAACUGCGUGGAGCCGCGGGAAGAGCCAACUGAACUUGAAGAAGCCGGAGGAACGGAGGUAAGAUGGUCUUAAUAUAUUUUCUGUUCCUGGUACCGCUCACACCUUAAACAGAACCUUUAAUGACUAGAAAUGUAACCUCCAUCCCGGUACAACAAGUUUCUCCCCGUCUGUUGUGUGAAACGUUCACUUCGGAAGUGUUAACGGAGGAUGUGAAAGCUAGUUAGCUGGUGGCUAACUCACAACAACAGCAGCAGCAGGACUGAAGAAGAAGCUAACAGCAACAAGGCCAGUUUGUUUCAUAAGCGCUGUGACUCCGAGCUUAGCCACACUGGUCAGCCAUCCGCAGUUAUAUUUGAAGUCCAGGUGUGUUUUUUGUUGACAACCGAGCCGGAUUCGCUGAUGGUGUCGCUUUAAACGUAAAUGGACUUUUUAUAAACCUCGGAGGAGCAUGUGAAGAGCAGUGGCCCGCUCAGCUGUCCCAUCUGCGUCUUUGUUUUCAGUGGGACAGUCAGAGCGCCUCUAACUGAAGAGGGAAGAUGAUGCUGGCUGCUGCUGCUGCGUUGUGUGCUACCAGGCUACUUACUAGGCACGGCUAUGUAACCAGGCAUGCCUUCAAUGCUCAUUUCACCCUGCCUCUGCCAAGAACAGAGGCUCUAAAGAGAACUUUGCUGUACAGAGCAGUGAAAUAUUGGAAUCAGCUUCCACCACAUGCGAUUAAUACUGAAAGAAAAUGGAUAUUUAGAAAGAAAAUUAAAGAGGCCAUUAUUAUUGAAGAAAUUAUUGUCUGUAAUUCAUUGUACUUUGUAUUGACUGUUGUGUAUCAGUGUCUGGACCCCAGGAAGAUUAGUCCUGACUAAGUUUAGAACUAUCCAUAAUAAACAAAUACCCAGACCUGGCAGAUUUUGAAUGUAUCAUCUUAAGGAGUCUAUGGACUUCUUAAAAUGCCAUUUUAAAUCUUCAAAACAUGUGUCCUUUGAGUUUUAGAGAUGAGUAAAAGGGCAAUUUCACAGCUUUUUCUUUCUGUUUAGAGCUCAUAAUACCAGGUCCUGCUCUAGAAUCACACCAAAUCGGCUUCUCAAUCUUUGACCCAGUUAUUUAAGAGUUAAUGAAUGUAAAUAACUUUCGACUGAGACGGCAAGCAUAAUGUUACAAAUCUGUAUGAAGGGAUUGUAGCGAGACCUCAGCCCAGUCUAUCACGGACUGCUGUAGAGUGACGCAGUUCAAGGAAAAACAUUUAUGAUCAUUUCUUCAUGGAUAUGUAAUCAGACUGAGACGCAGCAGUCCGUAAUAAACUGGCCCGAGGUCUCCCUACAAACAAGCGGCUGCUGGAAGAGAGUAGGUGAGUUGUGUUUAGUCUCUUUGCUAAAGAAAUUAGGCAAAGCUGAAAAGAACUUUGGUGGCUAGUGCUGUGGCUGUGUGACCCUAUAUGUACUGUUGAUGAAGUUAGGUGCUGUUCUGAGCAUUAUUUGUGGCUAUUGAGUGGCUUUUUGGUUGAGAUUUGUUUAUGGCUCCUCAGACCGCUGUGUAUUGCUAUGGAAUAUCCCUUUAACUAGUUUUUCUUGUCUGAACGUGUCUGCUGAUGUUACAAGAACCAGAGGAUAGCCGCUAAGACACAACUGUUUUCUCUUGUUUUUUUGUUUUUUUUUGCUCUUCAGGUCUUCAAGUCUGAUUCUUCUGAUGCGGGGAAAGAGUCCUCCUCAGAUGCGGGGCCUGAUGGGCAGGAUGCAUCCUCCUCCUCCUCAUCCAAAACUAAAGAUUCCACUCAUGGUUAUGAGGAGAAAGUGGUAAGUGUACUCCUUUCUUCUGCUUGUGUUACGUGAUGCACUUUUCUUUUCUUGGAUGGGAAUGUAAUAAAAAAGAUCAUCCUGUGUUUGCAGCAAACAGACCGGACCAACAGAUUUGAGUACCUGUUGAAGCAAACAGAAUUGUUUGCUCACUUUAUCCAACCAGCCGCACAGAAGACUCCAACCUCACCCCUGAAGAUGAAGCCAGGGCGUCCUCGCAUCAAGAAAGAUGAAAAGCAGAACCUGUUGUCUGCUGGAGAGUAUGUACAAAUCAACAGUACGGAGAAUUUUCAUUUUAGUUUGUUCACUUGCUCUUUUAUUUUGACACUUUUUUUAUUCGUUUAACAGCAACCGCCAUCGACGCACAGAGCAAGAGGAGGAUGAAGAACUUCUGAAUGAGAGCACCAAGACAACUAAUAUCUGCACUCGCUUUGAUGAAUCCCCCUCCUGUAAGCAGUGACCUUUUUUUAUUGAAUGUUUGACUGAACACGAUGAGCUGAAGUUGUGACUGUUUUUUUCUUGUCUAUCUUGUAGAUGUCAAAACAGGAAAAAUGAGGGACUAUCAGGUUCGCGGUCUGAACUGGCUCAUCUCUUUGUACGAGAACGGCAUCAACGGCAUCCUCGCCGAUGAGAUGGUUGGUGUUGUCACCGUCAAAAAUGUUUCAUCUACACCUGUAUCCUAAUUUCACCUCACAGUUCUUACUCUGCUGCUCCGUUUAACAUUUUCUCUGCUGUUGCUCAGGGUCUGGGGAAGACUCUACAAACCAUUGCCUUGCUAGGAUACAUGAAGCACUACAGAAACAUCCCUGGUCCACACAUGGUCCUGGUGCCCAAGUCCACCCUCUACAACUGGAUGAAUGAGUUCAAGAGAUGGGUGCCUUCACUGCGAGCGGUCUGCCUGAUAGGAGACAGAGAUCAGAGGGUAGGCUGAGCCAGAUUGUUGUGAUCUGAAACAAACUGUAGCUGGAAACAGUCGCCAUGAUAUUAAUUUCAUGCCUCCUACUUGCUUUUUGGACCAAUUAGCGACACAUCUUUGCAUUAAAGCCCCUUUAUUUUAUAAUACACAAGUCCAGAACUCUUGUGCACAAUGUCAGGUUCACUUGCAGUGCUUAAGAACCUAAGUAUGUAGGUCGUGUCUUAUUACUGGCAUGCAGUUGUUGACCUGCAGGGGGGACCGAAGGCUGUUAGUACUGAGUCUGCCACUUCACCACCAUAGCAAACUCAUCUUACAUCAUGUACCCACAGACUCAGUGAUCCUGCAUUCAGCCAUGUUAAAAUUUUUUUGCUUUUGUUUGACUUUUUUUAGUCUUGUUCUUACCUUUUUACCUGGUGGCUGAGGAACAUCAAUGUCUGCUGACUGGUUUGCUGAUUAUUUUGUUUUCGUGUCUUUCCAGACUGCCCUGAUCAGAGAUGUGCUGCUGCCCGGGGAGUGGGAUGUUUGUGUUACAUCCUAUGAAAUGCUCAUCAUUGAAAAAGCCGUGUUCAAGAAGUUUAACUGGAGAUACCUGGUCAUUGAUGAAGCCCACAGGAUCAAGAAUGAAAAAUCAAAGGUUCGACAGCUAAUGGGAUGGAAAAGUCGUUGUAUACACUUGGAAGAACCACUUCCUCAGACGUUUUCUCUACAAAACACUGAACACCUUUCAUGUUUUUCUGUAGCUGUCAGAAAUUGUGCGCGAAUUCAAGACCACCAAUCGCUUGCUGCUGACUGGAACGCCGCUGCAAAACAACCUGCACGAGUUGUGGGCUCUGCUGAACUUCCUGCUGCCUGAUGUCUUUAACUCAUCAGAGGUAAGAAAUACAGAAGGUACAUGGAGAAUUUCACAAGAGUGCCCACCUGCCAAGCCCUUGUUCAAGCUCUAAUGAUUGUAGUAUGACUGAUGAUGCUGUCCCUCACAGGACUUUGACUCCUGGUUUGACACAAACAACUGCCUGGGUGAUCAGAAGUUGGUCGAACGUCUUCACACUGUGAGUAUUGCUCACUCUUCUUAUCUCCCUGCUGAAGUGUGUAAAUGUGAAGGUGCUUAAUGUGAGUUAAAACACUCAUUUUAAUUUGCUGUUUUCCACGUAGGUCCUGCGUCCCUUCUUGCUUCGACGUAUUAAAGCAGAUGUUGAAAAAACCCUGCUCCCCAAAAAAGAGAUCAAGAUGUAUGUGGGCUUAAGUAAGAUGCAGCGAGAGUGGUAAGUAUCCUUGGUUAAUCUUAUCGGUCCUUUCCUCCUUUAUUCAACACACUUUUAUGACUGGUGUGUAAUACUAACUCAUGUCACAGGUACACAAAGAUUCUGAUGAAGGACAUCGACAUCCUGAACUCAGCGGGUAAGAUGGACAAGAUGCGUCUGCUCAACGUUCUCAUGCAGCUGAGGAAAUGCUGCAACCACCCAUAUCUGUUUGACGGAGCUGAGCCCGGUCCCCCUUACACCACCGACCUCCACCUGGUGGUGAACAGUGGCAAGAUGGUGGUGCUGGACAAGCUGCUACCCAAGAUGAAGGAGCAGGGUAUGUAAAGCCCCCUCAUGCUUAGGAUUCUUUAACAACAAAGCAAGAGAUUAAAAACCUCAGCUCUGCACUCCUUUUGUUUAUUUCAAAGCCGUCUUUCCUUGUGUCCAGGUUCUCGUGUGCUCAUCUUCAGUCAGAUGACCAGGGUGCUGGACAUCUUGGAGGACUACUGCAUGUGGAGGAACUAUGGUUACUGCCGUUUGGAUGGCCAGACGCCACAUGAGGAGAGACAGGUGGGGUGUUUGGAUGAGAAGACGUCUCAUCUUUUGUUCAAUACUCCAAGAACUGGAAUCACAAAUUCUGAUAUUGUUGUUUGUCAUCAGAUCUCUAUCAACGCAUACAACGAGCCCAACAGCUCCAAGUUCAUCUUCAUGUUGAGCACCAGAGCCGGAGGUCUGGGUAUCAACCUGGCAACAGCUGAUGUGGUCAUCCUGUACGACUCCGACUGGAACCCUCAAGUGGAUCUUCAGGCCAUGGUUAGUACCCAAGCAGUUACAGAGUCCACACCAAAAUGAAGCAGACUGGAAUUGAGAUUGACAAGUUUUAUCUUGUUCCAGGACCGAGCUCACAGGAUUGGUCAGCAGAAGCAGGUGCGAGUAUUUCGCUUCAUCACUGAAAACACAGUGGAGGAGAGGAUCGUGGAGAGGGCCGAGAUGAAACUGCGCCUGGACUCCAUUGUCAUCCAGCAAGGUGUCUCAUCGUUUCUGAUGGCUUGUAGAAAUGUGACAUGUCACAGUACAGAAAGUAUCAACUAAAGAUUGAAGUUUUGAACGAGUUGUUUUUUCUUUCUUCUUUUCAACAGGAAGACUCGUGGACCCAAGUGCAAACAAGCUGGGCAAGGACGAGAUGCUGUCCAUCAUCCGCCACGGCGCCACACACGUGUUUGCUUCGAAAGAGAGCGAGAUCACAGAUGAUGACAUCGAUGCAAUCCUGGAGAGAGGGGAAAGAAAGGUGUGUUUGGAUGCACAGGAUUACAGGAAGUCUGUGGUUUUUACGUUAGUUUUUAAUUUGUAUUAUUAACGGUCCUCUCCUUUCAUGCACCAGACUAUGGAGAUGAAGGAGAAGCUGUCUUCACUGGGUGAGAGCUCUCUGAGAAACUUCACCAUGGAUACAGAGAACAGCAGCGUGUACACAUUUGAAGGAGAGGAUUACAGAGAGAAGAAGAAGGUAACCAGAAACAUCAUCACUGACCUUUUUAAGUACCAUACUCCAACAACAUGAACAGCUAAGUCUUAUGCUGUCAUCGUGUCUCUUCACUCAGGUCAUAACAAACUGGAUCGAGCCACCUAAGAGAGAAAGGAAAGCGAAUUACGCUGUGGACGCCUACUUCAGAGAAGCCCUGCGAGUCAGUGAGCCCAAAGCACCCAAGGUAUGGAUGGAUCACUCUUAACUUCUAUUGACAGAUGACAAGUUGACAGGCGGUGUAACUUACGCUUGUUUGACUCCAUCUCCCAGGCUCCUCGUCCUCCAAAGCAGCCAAACGUUCAGGACUUCCAGUUCUUCCCUCCUCGUCUGUUUGAGCUCCUGGAAAAAGAAAUUCUCUUCUACAGAAAGACCAUAGGCUACAAGGUACAAAGUUUUUUUGUUGUUUGUUUGUUUUCAGAUGAGGCGCAAUUGGUGUUUGUCAACUUAAGAGCUUUGAAAAUGCCCUGUAGUCAACCCCUGAAUGUGUGUGCACAGGUGCCCCGUAACCCAGACAUGCCAAAUUCAGCCCAGGUCCAAAAAGAAGAACAGGCUAAGAUUGAUGAGGCAGAGGCUCUCACAGAGGAGGAACUGGAGGAGAAGGAGAAUCUGCUGCAACAGGUACAGCUUAAUCCUACCAAACACAAUCAGCUGCAUGUCAGGAUUAGAUCUGUUGUUCGAGGAUCUAGAUGGUGCAUCAGUUGAUCAACUUAAUCUUCAUUUCAGGGAUUUACCAUCUGGAACAAACGAGACUUCAACCAGUUCAUCAAAGCCAACGAGAAAUGGGGUAGAGAUGACAUCGAGAACAUCGCCAGAGAGGUUGAGGGAAAAACUCCAGAGGAAGUCAUGGAGUAUUCUGGUAAGAACUGGAUAAAUAAUCCGUCUUCUCACAAGUAAACCCAAACUUCAGAUUUCUUGGCAUAGUUAUUGCAUUUCUGUUUGUGUUUAAUCCUCCAGCUGUCUUCUGGGAGCGCUGCAACGAGCUGCAGGACAUUGAGAAGAUCAUGGCACAGAUAGAAAGAGGAGAGGCCAGGAUCCAGAGGAGGAUUAGCAUAAAGAAAGCACUUGAUUCCAAGGUAGUUGUCUGCCAAACUUUUAGCCAUUAGUUUCCUGCUUCCUCAUUAGCUUCCUCUCACCUUGCUGUCAUCCUUAAGUUAUCCCCAUAUGACAUUAUCCUCUUUUCCUGGCUAACAAGUAAUCCCUGAUUGUGGCUCUUGUCUGUGCCCAGAUCGGUCGCUACAAGGCCCCUUUCCACCAGCUCCGCAUCUCCUAUGGCACCAACAAAGGAAAGAACUACACAGAGGAGGAGGACCGCUUCCUCAUCUGCAUGCUCCACAAGCUGGGCUUCGACAAGGAGAGCGUUUACGACGAGCUGCGUCAGUGCAUCCGUAACUCGCCUCAGUUCCGCUUCGACUGGUUUCUCAAAUCCAGGACUGCCAUGGUAAAUCAAAGUUUACGUUGUACUUAUUACUCCAGUGUUGCUUAACAAAAACACUUGAAAAUCAAACUUUUGCUUGUUGUGCACGUGUUAGGAGCUCCAGAGGCGAUGCAACACCCUUAUUACACUCAUAGAGAGAGAGAACAUGGAGCUGGAGGAGCGGGAGAAAGCGGAGAAAAAGAAACGAGGCCCUAAGACUGGCUCGGUAAGUUGUAAAAUUGUCAUUUUACAGAAAGCUAGUUUUGAUCAACUAUGUCUUGGUAUCGCAGGUAUUUUAAUCUCUUUUUUUUUUUUUUUUUGUCUUCAGGCCCAGAAACGAAAGUCAGAGGGAACUCCAGAUGGUCGUGGACGAAGGAAAAAGCUCAAGUUGUGAAGCUUCUGACCACUUGAAACGUUCUGCAUACAGAGAGCAGCAGCCAGCUCUGGUGUGGUUAGUCCUAGUGUCUGUGUUUGUUCUACGGGCUGUGAAAAUGUACUGUGUAAAACCCUCUGAUGGACUGAUCUCAUCGUGUUAGGUUUUAGGAAGUGCUCCUUUACAGGCCUGCCUUGUUGUCACCUAAACGCUGCAGCUGUGCUGGUUUAGUUUGUCUGCUAGUUUUUUUUUUACUAGUACUAAAAUGUAAUAAAUGUAUUUAUGCCUACUGGUUGUACUACAUUCCAUUGCUCUGUACGAUAUGUACCCAUUUUAUUUUGAAGAUUUUCUUUUUUUAAUCUUCCUAUGUGAAGUAGAAAAUGUCUUUUUGAACAUCAUAAAUAAACUCCCCCUUUUUUUUAAAAAAAAGUGUUUUCUUCAGUAAAGAAGAGCCGACUCAAAAAAGACAAUUAUAUUUGGCAGUUGAAGUGUAAAUACAUCCAAACUCUUUUCACAAAUGAAUAAACCGUUAAAUUCUACCAACAGUUUGCACAUGAAAAUUCACCGUCAGCUGUAGGUGGUAGAAACAUAACUUUUUCUGCACUUGUUUUUUUUUUCUAACUUUGAUCAACAAACCAGGAAGACACAGUUAAUAUUUUCAAGUUUUACCAGGGUGUAAUAAUACCAUUUCUCAUAGUCCUACAUUGAUAUGUGCACAGAAAGUUUUGCAUCUGAUUUUGGCCACAUUGACCUGAUAGAAAGUUUUAAAAAGUGACAGCUAAAAUGACAUUUACAAUCCCUUUCAUUGACCUUAUAUUGGCAUUUUUACUUAUCAGUGGGUAGAUAUACUGCAGGCUUUGUAGAGCACAACAGUAAAAUAUCAAUAUUUUUAAAAAACAUUUAUCACAUUGUCAUUAAGGUCAGCCUCAACUAACAUUCAGUCCAUUUCCUUGACUCCACACAAACAAACAUUUCAGUAAUAAAAAACUUGAUAAACUUAUUAUUCUUAGAGGAGGAACAUAGAAAAUUAUUUUCUUUCAUUCAUUUCAAACAAGGUUGCUGUUUUCUUAAUUAACUGCAUUUUCUAUUUGGGAUUUUCAUGCAUUUGCAAACAUUCGGUAUAGCAGGAUUUUUUACAACUUUUGCAACCAAUGAAGCGGGUACAUCAUUUUCAGGGGCUUCCAUAUACAUCCAUCAAUCAAAAUAUUUUGCAAAAACCUACAUUAGAGCGAGCGCUAACCUUUGUCAGAGAUAAAUCAGUCUCUGAAAAUUCUGGUGCAUUCUCUGCAUUUAGGCCCUGAGCACUGACAAAAUGUGCUGUCCACAGGAUGUACUGGGCGUCAUUCAGUGCUACAAAAGUUGGGCUUUGAAGGCACAAUGGUGGAGGAGACUAUCACAGUCUUAUUAUUAUUUUUAGAAAAGGGCAGGUGUUUUGGGUGGAUGGGGAUCCACUUUUAAACCUCAGAGCUGUCUGAGCUGCUCCACAUACUUGCUGAUCCUUGGCUGCAGCCAUUGUAGGCAGAGGAGGAGGAGCUGGCAUAAGGAGGCAGCUGGGUCUUCUUUUCCCUCUUUUUGCGCCGCAGCAGCAGAAGGACGAUAGUGGCAAUGAGGCAGAUGAGGAGGAUGAGACCUGCAAGGCC